AUGGUGCGCCACUCCCGGAGCCGGAGCAAGAGCCGCGCCAGCCCGGAUCGGCGCUCCGAGCCAAAGCGGUCCCCUGAGCGCCGGCGGCGGCGCAAGCGCUCAGAAAAUCGGCAGCGACUGAGGAGCCGGCCUCGCUCAGCUUCAGCGCCAGCGCGCUCGCGCUCUGCGUCGGCCAAGAAUAACCGAUCUCCGCCCAGAUCGCCUCCUCCGCGAUCGCCGGCACGUAGGCGGAAGAAGUCCAGAUCCGGCGCCGGCAAAAGCAGGGAUCGGAGCCGACCCCCUCGCUCACCGCGCAGUCGCAGCGGUGCCCGAAGGAGAAGUCGUGGACGAAGGCGACCCCGCAGCCGAAGCCGCGACGAUGGAGGAGGGCGUCGCCGCGAACCGCACCGGCCAAAGAAGCCCGAAGGAUGUAAGACAAUCUGGGUCGGUUGGGUAGACAAGAAGCCUGAAGAGGAGGAGCUUCAGGACUUCUUCAAGGACUGCGGCAAGAUCGUGGAGGUCAGAUGCAGUGAGCGCCACGUGCGUGGCUACUUCGCGCACGUGCAGUUUGAGGAUACAAGGAAUGUGGAUGACGCGAUGAAGAAGCAAGGUGAUGACUUCAUGGGUGUCAAGAUCCAGAUAGACUAUGCGUACAUGGACAAGGUAGCCUUCAACCCGAAGCUGGAAGCCGAGGCACCUAGCAGUCGACGAUACCGGCCGAAAAGCGUGAAGCCCCCGAACGGGCACACGCUCUGGGUCGGCGAUGUGUCCAUAGAGGCAUCUGAGCAGGACAUCAUCGAUCUCUUCGAGCCGUGUGGUGAGGUUGAGAUGAUUUGCCUGCAGGUCAACCAGCUGAGAAACGGCAAGUUCGGCCAUGUCAAAUUCUUUGAGACAGAGGCUGUUGACAAAGCCGCAGCACUGGCUGGCACACCAGUGCAUGGGGUCCCUAUUCGUGUUGAUUUCGCAGAGGACAAGCCACUAGCUGCGUACCGAGUUGGUAAAGAUCGCACGGUCCCGGAGACGCAGAAGCCGGAGGAUUGCCGAACGAUAUGGGUCGGUGGUCUUCCUGGAGAAGUCACCGAGGAGGAGAUACGGGAAAUCUUCGGCAAGUGUGGUGAGAUUAGAGAGAUCCGGCUGGACAAGAGCAAGCGCAGCGGAACGCUCUUCUGCCACAUCGAGUUCGCCGACACGACCUGCGUCGACCGGGCCAUCCGCCUCUCCGGGGAACGAAUAGGCUCGUCGAAGAUCAGGGUGGACUACGCGGAGAACAGGGGUCCGGGUCCACCUGGCUCAAAGAAGGCUGGCAUGCCAGGUCCGCCCGAUGGCUGGGGCCCUGGCAUGCCAGGCAUGCCACCACCAGGCAUGCAUCCAGGAAUGCCACCGCCUGGAAUGGCACCUCCUCACUGGAUGGGGCCACCACCCGGACAUCCCAUGGGACCUCCACCCCACGUCAUGCCUCCGCGGAUGGGGAUGCCGGGCAUGCCACCCCACAUGCCGCCGCACAUGCCACCGGGGAUGCCGCCGCCGGGCGCCGGUCCGCCAGGAGGGCCGCCCCAGGCUGCGCUGCCGUCCAGCGAGUCCCCACUUCCUGGAGGGCGCGCCAAGGCCGCGCCCCCGAGCGCGACACCUGGAGACGCACCACCAAACGGCGAGGGCAAAGCAUCCCCAGACGGGCCUCCAGGCCAACUUGGGCCCCGACCCGAUGGACCUCCUCCCAGCGUGCCACCUCGACCACUCGGGCCUGGUCCUCCACCUGGCGCCUUUGGCCCUCCGCCGCCUCACCUGGCAAUGCGUGGACCACCUCCCGGCUACCCGCACCGGCCACCACCGGACUAUUACGCGAGGCCGCCGCCCGACUACGGUGCACCAUAUGGCCCGCCUCCACCGCACAUGCACGGACCUCCUGGAUACCCACCUCCUGGCUAUCCACCCUACGACUACUAUGGCCGACCGCCUGGGCCAGAUCCUUACUAUGGCCACCCUCCUGGCUAUCCACCACCUGGGUAUCCACACUGGAGGCCACCCCCUGGCCCUGAACCGCAUGGCCAUCCGCCCUAUGGCCCGCCUGGCGCACAUCCUCCGGCUCCGGCGGCCAAGAAAGGUGCCAGGGGCAGAAGCCGUAGCUACAGCUCGUACAGCUAUAGCUACAGCUAUAGCCCAAGCCCAGAAAGACGAGCCAAAGCAGGUGCGCCCCCUCCAAAGGCGGCGCCUGGCCCGGGGGCGGCUCCGGCGCCAUCAGCCGCUCCGGCUCCGAGCUAG